UUAUCGUUUAGCCUUUAGGGUUUCUAACACUGAAGCUCGGAACACUAUCGAACCUCUAUAGCCGGAGUCUUGAUUCACCGAAACUCAGAGAGAGAGAGAGAGAGAGAGAGAGAGCGAGAGAAGAGAAGAGGUAGAAGCAAUGGAGGGAGGAGAAGAAGCUGGAGCGGAGAUAAUGGUUGAUUCAAAGGACUUACAGCAGCAAAGCAAAGCUUUAGACAAGCUUACCGAUCGCGUCGAGGAUCGCCAGCUCGAUUCUAAUCGUGUUCAAUCGGCUAUGGCUUCGAUUGGUGCUUCUAGGGAGGCUGAUCUGAAUGCUAAGAGAUUGAGGGAGAAGGAACUGGCUUCUGUUAAGAUCAAUGCUGCAGAUGUUGAGCUCAUUGUAAACGAACUCGAGCUGGAGAAGAAUGUGGUGGAGAGAACACUAAGGGAGCACAAAGGCGAUGCAGUUGCUGCAACUAGGGAAUUGCUUUCCCGAUAUCCUCUUUGAUCGAUUCAGUACCUGCUUUACUUCUUGCAGUUUCUUUUGUGUGUGAGAGUAAGGUGUCCGAUCUCAUGUUUGAAGUUUCAGUGUUAAACUUAUGAGAUAUUAUUGCAACAGUGGCACAUGCUAAAGCAAAACAAAAAUAUCAAGUUUUAACAUGAA